AUGCGUCCUAGUAAAUACAUAAAAACUUCAGUCCGCGUUGACUAUGCUCCGGAUGUAUGUAAAGACUACAAGGAGACAGGUUUUUGUACUUUUGGGGAUUCAUGUAAAUUUUUACAUGACCGUGGAGACUACAAACAUGGGUGGGAAAUAGAUAAUGAUUGUAAUAAUCAAGGUGAUAAAGAUAGUGAUGAUAAAUAUGUUAUAAAAGGAGAUGAUGAAAAAGAUGCUCUUCCAACAGAGUGUUCUAUUUGUGAAAAAGAAUUUAAUAAUCCUGUAGUUACUAAUUGUCAACAUUUCUUUUGUCAAUCAUGUGCUAUUAGUAACUUUAGAAAAAACAAAAAAUGUUUUGUUUGUGGAGAGAAUACAAAUGGUGUUUUUAAGAAUGCAACUAAACUUUUAAAAGCUAAAGUUCAGAAGAAGGCAAGUGAUUCUGAAGAUGAAUUUGGUGAAGAUGAGGACUAA